AUGCACAGAGACAUGUAUAUAGUGACAGAUAAUCUAACGAUUGACACAAAAGUAUACCAAAAGAUAGCUACUAUCUCCAUUAAACAUAGCCAUAUUCACCGCGAGAUACGAUGCUUAAUUGUAGAUGUAUACAUUUAUUCCGACAUGAGAACAAAAAGAAGAAUAAGCAAUGAUGUUCAAUGGUGUAUUGAUAACGAAGAGACUGUGUCAGCGCGAACUUUUGCAGAGCACUUUGGUUUCAUAGACAGACAUUACACAACUUCUAGGUAUAGAACUAUCAUUACAACUCAUCUUCAAGACUGUCCUCAUCUUUUACAAGAAUAUAACACUUGGAAAAAGUUGGAAGAAUGCAACAUGUUCUGGAACGAACGUAAAUGCAAGAAGGAUCGGUUUACAAUAGGAAAUGCUGUUAUAGAUCAGUUCAAUAUUGUAGCAACUGCGGAGUCAAUCCCUAUGAAUGAAAAUCUAAAUCAAACUAGCUCUCUUGUCUCUGAUAUUCCCAAAACUGACAACAAUGAUAGUGAUGAAGCUCUCACAAAUAGCUUGUUGUUGAAGCUACAGCAACACAGCCGCCAACUUUUGAGCAUAUUUCCCAUAUCCGAGCUAGAUUCACUUUAUGUUGCUUUAAAGAGCAAGCUUGACAAGAACGUCGUAACACAAGAGGAGAAGGAAGAAGAAGUUCUUAUGAAGGUCACAAGAAUUAUUAACAAGGUGGAUAAGAAGAAACUGAGCCGUGAUAAUGCUUCCAUCCAACUAACGAUAUUAGCUAAAGAACAGGAAUACCAUAUUGCAAGAGUGAUCAAGGCUGUAAACAAUUUGCUGCAGAAAAUCCCUUCUCAUGACAUUAAAGACUUGUCAAGUUUAUCAGAAUCAGAACUUUACAAUACCUAUGUUGAUCCGAUUCUUUCAGCAAUUAUUUCUGAUCCUGAAAGGGAAACACUCCUGAGAUGGACAAAUAAGACGGAUGAUGAAACAGAUUAUCGACUAGAUGCAACUAUCACUCGUACCAAGCAAAUGAGCUUUGACCAUAAUCUUGGCCAUGGUGAAGUGAAGAGAUGCGGCAGAAAUGUCCAUGAUUUAGCUCUGGAUUUGUUACGUAUUUUAAUUCUGGCAAAAGAUACCUUGGACUUUUACAAACUUGAUAGUUCCUUUGGUGUACAAAAUUUAAAUCAUAUAUAUACUAUGUUGGAAGUAGAGAGAGUCAAGGUUCCUCGUUCCGUAGUUGACUUGUCUACGUUCUUAAGUUUGAAUAACUUCCAGUGUCUUAUAUAUGUUUGUCGUGUGUUCUGGGCUAACUGCAAAAAGACUGAAAACGAAGCACUCCUCUUGCAACGCCAUAAAACCCAUACUACAAAACUUAUACUAUUUUAUUGA